AUGGAGAAUCAAAGAGGUUUGAAAAUUAAAACUCUAAGAAGUGAUAGAGAUGGUGAGUACACUUCAAAUGAGUUCGGAAAAUUUUGUGAGGAUACAAGACUUGAGGGACAACUCACUACAUCUUAUACUCCACAACAAAAUGGAGUAGCUGAGAAGAAGCACAUGACUAUUGUUGAAAUGGCAAAGUCCAUGUUACUUGAGAAGGGCCCUGUGCGUUUUGGGGGAGAAGUGUAUACUGAUGUGUAUUUGACACCAUUUGAAGCAUACAGUGGCAAAAAAUCUGUGAGUUUUUUGAGGGUGUUUGGAUCAAUAUGCUAUGCCUAUGUUCACAAAACCCUUAGGCACAAACUUGAAGAAAAGAGUGAGAAGUGUAUCUUUGUCGGGUACAACAGUCAUACAAAGGGUUAUAGACUCUACGACUUGAAGAAAGAGAGAGUUAUAAUUCGAGGGAUGUUAUUGUAA